CUCCUCUAAGCUACACGGUGGCGUAAAGGAUAAAUGGCUUUUCUCUCCAAUGCAAUGUCUUUAAUCUACGACGCGCUUCUUUCCAAAACUCAAUGAAGACAGAUAUGUCUCUACCGAUAACUUGUGGUCUGUAGUAUUCUUGAGAUAUUUCACCAGAAUAGCUUGACACGUGCAAAUUUAAAGAGAUAAACUUCAGAGUCGCGAUGAUGGCAUCAAUAGGGGAGUUCGAUCCGCUGAACAACAUCGUUCCUGCUACUAAAAUAGAAGUUACCGUGUCAUGCAGGGAUCUUCUGCAUGUGGACACAUUCUCCAAGUCUGAUCCUGUGGUUGUGCUGUAUGUGCAGGGUAUCGGCACCAAAGAGUGGAGGGAGUUUGGCAGAACAGAGGUUAUUGACAACACACUGAAUCCAAACUUUGUGCGGAAGUUUUUCCUGGACUUCUUCUUCGAAGAGAAGCAGAACCUCCGCUUUGAUGUAUACAAUGUGGACUCCAGAAGUUCAAAUAUUUCCAAAUUUGACUUCCUGGGUCAGACCUUCUGCACUCUGGGGGAGAUCAUUGGAUCCACUGGCGGGCGACUGGAGAACAGCUUAUCUGGGAUUCCUGGGAAGAAGUUAGGGGCCAUUAUCUUCACGGCGGAGGAGCUCAGUAACUGUAGGGACAUUGCUACCAUGCAGCUGUGUGCCAACAAACUGGACAAGAAAGACUUUUUUGGGAAGUCUGCCCCCUUCCUGGUCUUCUACAGAAGUAACGAGGAUGGAACGUUCACUAUCUGUCAUAAGACGGAGGUGGUUAAGAACACACUGAAUCCUGUGUGGCAGCCCUUCACCAUCCCAGUGAGGGCCCUCUGUAAUGGGGACUAUGACAGAACAGUGAAGGUGGAUGUGUAUGACUGGGACAGAGAUGGAAGCCAUGAUUUCAUUGGUGAGUUCACCACAAGUUACAGAGAUUUCUCACGUGGACAAAACCAGUUUCAUGUCUAUGAGGUUCUAAAUCCGAAAAAGAAGGGCAAGAAAAAGAAAUACAUUAACUCUGGCACGGUAACACUGCUGUCCUUCAAAGUGGAGUCGGAAUAUACGUUUGUGGAUUUCAUCCGAGGCGGGACACAACUCAACUUCACAGUAGCCAUCGACUUCACUGCUUCUAAUGGUGACCCGUCUCAGCCCACCUCCCUCCACUACAUGAACCCGUACCAGAUGAAUGCGUAUGCCAUGGCCCUGAAGGCUGUAGGGGACAUCAUCCAGGACUAUGACAGUGACAAGCUCUUUCCUGCCUACGGCUUCGGAGCCAAGCUACCUCCCGAUGGAAAGAUAUCCCACGCAUUCCCUCUGAGUGGUGACAAUGAAAACCCAAACUGUGUGGGGAUAGAGGGAGUAUUGGAGGCGUACUUCCAGAGCCUCAGGACGGUCCAACUCUACGGACCCACCAACUUCUCUACAGUCAUCAACCAAGUGGCACGGUCUGCGCAGGAUGUGACGGAUGGCUCUCAGUAUUUUGUGUUGUUGAUGAUCACAGACGGAGUUAUCUCUGACAUGCUGCAGACCAAGGAGGCUGUAGUCAAUGCAGCUGCUCUCCCCAUGUCCAUCAUCAUCAUUGGGGUCGGACCUGCAGAGUUUGACGCCAUGGAGGAGCUAGAUGGUGAUGAGGUCAGAGUGUCCUUCAGGGGGCACUUUGCUGAAAGAGACAUUGUGCAGUUCGUUCCUUUCCGGGACUACAUGGACCGGUCGGGGAACCAGGUCCUGAGCAUGGCCCGGCUGGCUAAGGACGUGCUGGCUGAGAUCCCUGAGCAGCUGCUGGGGUUCAUGAAGACCAGAGGCAUCGAGCCCCGGCCCGCCCUCACCACCUCAGACCUGCCCGACCUCCACAGGCACAUCUGACACCCCCACUGUAGUGGGACAGCACCUUUCAACCCCCCCCCCCCCCCCUCUUGGGUCUACACAUAUUUGAUGCUUACACACACACACUUGACAUCUCUCUCAUCUCUUUUAACCCUAUGCCAUUGCCAUUUCAUUGCAAGCCAAUGUCGCCUCCCCCUACAACUGCGCAUGCUUAACACAGUUUAUAUCUACACAUAGAAUGAAUGUAUUCAUACAUUGUGCCAUUGAACACGUAGGGGCGGGUAGAUUGAGCACCCAAUGCAAUAGCCACAAGCACCGUCACUUCUGAAGAGAAGGGAGAAAUAUAACUGACUAUGCCGUGAUGCCAUGCUGUACACUUAUAACGUUCACAAGCAUAUGCAGAGGGAGGAGUUUACAGUCUGUGAAAGUUAUUGAUGUAGAAAAUAUACUGAACAAAAAUAUAAACGCAACAUGCAACAAUUUCAAAGAUUUUACUGAGUUACAGUUCAUAUAAGGAAAUCAGUCAAUUGAAAUAAAUUAAUAAAUUUAAAAAAUGACAAUUAAAUCAAUUUUAACCCCACUUUGUAACACAACAAAAUGUGGAAAAAUAAUUUCUGAGGGCACUGUAUAUGCAAACAGCUUAGCCAUCAACUGGAGAGAACAGGUAAAAAUAACUUCAAUCAAUGAUCAUUGCUGAUUUAUUGAUUUGGUAAACAAACUUGACAUAUUGCUUUCAGCCCACACCUCCACACAAAAUCUUCUUCAAUUACUGUAUCCACUCCCUCUCUCUGAGUGUCAUGUUAUAAUGCACAAUGGGUGUUUUCUGUUGCCUUUCAUUUGAUUUUCUGAAACUAAAUGAUUCAAAGAGUGAUUUAUAAAAACCAAGCACCAAAACACAUGAGUGCAGUUGACUGUCUUUGGGGAGGUGAAUGAAGAGGUUGUCCUGGGCAAACUUUAUUAUGUGUUUGUUUUGUUGAUGAUUGAUCUGAAGCAGGUCUUGUGUCAUGAACUAGGGGUCGGUUCAGCAGGACACAGCGUUUUGGAACGUUCGGAUAGAAAUAUGUUAUGUAGAACAAGCAUGCCUUUCCGACAUGUAAAACAAGCAAUCAUGUUGGCUCUAUUCAAGGCAUUUCUAUCUGAAACGUUUGGCAACUGAACAUGUGGCCCUGGAGAGUGUUGACACGGCUGGCAUGGGGCCCAGGUCACAUGUUCGUUAGCGCCAGUCAUUCUCACCCCCCUGUCUAUCAUACCAUCCUGCCCAGCAUGGGAUGAUGCUGGGCGCAGAUUACACCCUGCUGGAACAGAAAUGCCAGUCUCAGUGCCCUCCUGUAGUGAGGGAGAGGGAGACUGAGGAGGUAGGGGGAGGUUGAGGAGAGAUAGGGAGGGGAGGUUAAGGGCUGUGACAGUAGGGCUCCAGUGGUUUGGUUGAUGUUUUUAUUUUUUGUGUGUUUGUCAGAAAUGAAAGAAGAAAGAGAGAGGAAAGAUUUCUUGGAUUUCUUGUUGUCAUAAUACAUUGGAGAAAUCAGGUUAGCAACCCUGUUGCCACCUGAAGCUCCAGGCUUAGUUCUGAUCAUAGUUUCUAUGGUUCUGAUUCUGACAUCAAAGCAUUACAAUCAAUUAUACACUGUCAUUAAAUCUCCUUUUCGUGACCUCAUUAAAAAGCAUGUCAGAAAAAACUCGCAGGAUACUAGAAUCCCCAUCUCAAAAUGUUCACCAACCUAAAAUGUAUACAGCAAAGCAUUUUUUUUACACCAGUAGGAGUUGACCACCCCCUCACGUUGCCAAUGUUGAGAUAACACUGUACAUCCUACUUUCAAUGUUAUUUGCACAGUAUCAGAUGGAAUGGAAACUGAGGUAAUCACUAAGAUACAGCAAUAAUUCAAGAAUGUUUUCAACUAACUGUUCUGUAGAGUGGCUCAGCUCUACCACCUAGCGGUCACUGCUAAUUGAGGCUCUUCUGAGCUCAGUACAGUAUGAGGAUGCUACAGACUGACAUGAUUUCCUGGUAGAUGUGUUGAGCUGAUAACGCUCCUGAACGGUGAGGUUAGGUUAGGUUGACCCUGGCUCCUGUAUAGUGAGGUUGGGUUGAUCCUGGCUCCUGUACGGUGAGGUUUGGUUGAGAUGAGGUGAGGUUGACCCUGGCUCCUGUACGGUGAAGUGAGGUUAGGUUGACCCUGGCUCCUGUACGGUGAGAUUGGGUUGACCCUGGCUCCUGUACGGUGAGGUUGGGUUGACCCUGGCUCCUGUACGGUGAGGUGAGGUUGACCCUGGCUCCUGUACGGUGAGGUGAGGUUGACCCUGGCUCCUGUACGGUGAGGUGAGGUUGACCCUGGCUCCUGUACGGUGAGGAUGGGUUGACCCUGGCUCAUGCUAUACUGGUUAACUGAAUAUGUGGACUAUUGUGUGGCCUUACAAUCCCUCACUUUGCAAAGCCAUGUCUUGUCAGUGUGGCUAGGGAUGUAUGUGUGUGUGCCUACAGUUAGUUGUGCGUCUCUUGAUCAUACCUUGUCUUGUGCAGUGAAGAGGAGAGUUCGCAUGCUGUGACUUAUACUAUACAAUCCUUGUUCUUGGUGUUUGAUGAUGAUGUUUGGUCACUGUCCACUACAGCUGAAAAAAGAUAUAUCUUAAUAUGCAUUUCACUUGUGUUACUUAACAUUCUCCUCUUGAUCAACUUAAUUUCCUUCAAACAGAGAAUGCUAAAUGUUUUACGCCAUAGGAUUUAGUUAGUGUUUAGAACAACAGGUGUGAAUAGAUAAAUUAAUGUAAAUACUAUGUUGUCUCUCUAUGCAGAUGUAUAAUGCAACGGAUAUGAUUUGAAUGUCCAUCCAUUGUAAAUAGGAACAUCAAAUGAAGAGUUUGUUACAGUACUACGCUAGGAAGUAGAAGGUCACCUUUUCUAUCAGGGUGUCUUCACAUUUUGAUGUGUUAUGAAUGUAAACGUAAACCGAUAGUAAUCCGUUGUUAUUUGUGUCAAAUGGAUUGUGCAUUUAUCCAUUUCCGGUAUUUCAAAAAAGGACAGCCAACUCAUGUAUUUCAACCAAUGACAGCCAACUCAUGUAUUUCAACCAAGGACAGCCAACUCAUGUAUUUCAACCAAGGACAGCCAUCUCAUGUAUUUCAACCAAGGACAGCCAUCUCAUGUAUUUCAACCAAGGACAGCCAACUCAUGUAUUUCAACCAAGGACAGCCAACUCAUGUAUUUCAACCAAGGACAGCCAACUCAUGUAUUUCAACCAAGGACAGCCAUCUCAUGUAUUUCAACCAAGGACAGCCAUCUCAUGUAUUUCAACCAAGGACAGCCAUCUCAUGUAUUUCAACCAAGGACAGCCAACUCAUGUAUUUCAACCAAGGACAGCCAACUCAUGUAUUUCAACCAAGGACAGCCAACUCAUGUAUUUCAACCAAGGACAACCAACUCAUGUGAAUAACUUUAGUUUACCAUAUUGGAUAUGAUUCAAUCAUCUUGAUUUAAUUUGAGUGAUUAUUACACAUUUAUAGGCUACAGAAGGUGGGAGGGAACUCUAUCAAAAGAGAGCCCGUAGUAAUGUAAAAUGCUAAAUGAAUGCAAAUAAAAUAAACCUUUUUGUAAACCACCAUGUCUGUGAGUUGGCGGUCUGGUUAAAGAUGUUGAAAUUCACACAGUAUGCAUGCCUUGAGAUCCAUUCCCGUGGUCUUCAGAUACCUAAGGCUGGGAUUCAAACCGAUCUCGGGAUUUUAGGCAUUGUGGGUUUUUAAAGGCAAUGUUCCCACGUUCGUAGAGAUCCCAUUCACAGUAAACGCUGCGUAUUGUCGGCUCAAUCGGAAAUUGCCUUUAAAAGCCACAAUGUCUAUAACAUA